AUGAAUUUUAUGUCGAUAAAUUUACGGGGGGUCCGGGACCAACGAAAGGUGGAUUGGGUUCGUGGAUUAAAAACAUCCCAUGGAAUUCACUUUUUGGCAAUCCAGGAAACAAAGGUUGGGGGUCUUGAAAAUUUUAUGAUUAGCCGUUUUUGGGGUCGGUCAACAUUUCAAGCAGAGGUAGUGGACGCUGUUGGGAACUCGGGGGGUUUGUUGUGUAUUUGGAAUCCUGUUGUGCUUAAAUGCACGAGUGUGGUGAAAAGACAAAGGUUCAUGGUAGUAUCGGGGGAGCUGAGGAAUAGGGGUGUGGAUAUAAAUGUGGUAAACGUGUACGCCUUCAAUGACCCGUUAGAUCGCAGGCUAUUAUGGCGUGACCUUCUGGAUGUAAAAAGUUCAAGGUCAGGGUUGUGGGUUUUCGUUGGGGAUUUCAACGAUGUCAGGCACCCGGCAGAAAGACUUAACUCGGAGUUUGUUGCGUUAAACGCGACAUACUUUAAUCAAUUUAUUCAUCUUGCGGGUCUUUUGGAGUACCAAAUGGGGGGUAAAAAAUUUACGUUUCACUCGGAUAAUGGCUUGCACAAGAGUAAACUGGAUAGAUACUUGGUAUGCCAUAAUUUUAUGAAUGAGUGGCCGGAAGCAUCUGUGGUGGCCUUAUCUAAUGUCGUGUCGGACCAUUGUCCGAUUCUUUUGUCAGUGGUAUCGACCGACUUUGGACCAGUUCCAUGUCGACUUUUUAACUCAUGGUUAGAGGUGCCCGGGGUCAUGGAUUUGGUGGAAAAUCUUUGCACAGAGUUUCGAUUUAAUGGGCCUGCUGAUUUGGGGCUCGCGACGAAACUUAAGUGGGUUAAGUUUAAAAUAAAAAGAUGGGUCGAGCAAUGUAACGCCCUACUUAUUUGUACUUUCCAUUUAUAG